UCCGCGGGUGCGUCAGGCUGCCGCAGGGAGCCCCACUGUGGAAAAAUCUUAUGGAAAAAAAACACGGUUUUUGACGAGUAUUAAUAGUAUCGCUGUAUCAAACGUGCAUUUGCUUUUUGGAGGCAGGCCGGCUCCCCUGACCACGUAUAAAAGCCGCUCAGUAUGGAGCGCGGUUGGAGAUUUACGGACCGGACCUCCCAACGAGAGCUGCUUUACAGCUAGCCUUUGUGAGCCUUGACUUAGCAGGCAUACGGCUCCGUUCUCGUUAGGCAGGACCGCAUAAGGGAGCGUGUGUUUUCAUUCAGGGUUUGCCGGCUACUCAUCUGUGCCUGCUCAACAUCCAGCUGCUGCGAAGAAGACAUGCCUGCGACCCAGUGCUGACUAUUUGUUUUCGAGGUUUCACAAAGCUUAAAACAAGAAAAUGAAGUCGUCUCUGGCUCCUGGGAUAAAACUCAUUACCACCUUUUCUCGGGAUAGUUGGUAUCGUGGUUUCAUUCUCGUCCUGACUUUCCUCUUCUACACAGCCUAUCAUCUGUCACGGAAACCGAUCAGCAUCGUUAAGAGUGAACUACACAGAAACUGCUCCACCGUCAUUCGACCAGCAGACCUGAACAUAACCAAUAAUGUUACCUGGUGCGAUUGGCCGCCCUUUGACCAGGACAACUAUCAGACACUGUUUGGGGUCUUGGAUAACUGCUUCCUGGUUGCCUAUGCCAUCGGCAUGUUUUUCAGUGGGAUAUUUGGGGAGCGCCUCCCUCUGCGGUACUACCUGAGUUUUGGGAUGCUGAUGAGUGGAUUGUUCACGUGUCUGUUUGGCUUUGGUUUCUACUGGAACAUCCACUCCCUGGGGUACUACGCCUUUGUCCAGGUCAUGAACGGGCUGAUGCAGACCACCGGCUGGCCUGCAGUGGUGGCUUGUGUCGGCAACUGGUUCGGAAAGGGGAAGCGUGGCUUCAUCAUGGGUGUGUGGAACUCUCACACCUCAGUGGGAAACAUCUUGGGUUCCCUCAUCGCAGGAGUCUUCGUCUCCACGGCAUGGGGAAUGUCCUUCAUCGUCCCCGGAAUCAUCAUCGCCUCUGCUGGGAUCCUGUGCUUCUUCUUCCUGGUUGAAAAACCCGAAGACGUGAACUGCUUGUCUCCUCAGCAUCAUAGUGGUCAGGAGAGCGGUGAGACGGCACCUCUCUUGCAGGACGCCUCCAAUGUUGGCGCCAUCUCCACUGAGCCGGAGGAGGUUGUUGAGGAGCACACCGAGGCCAUCAGCUUCUUCGGAGCUCUCUGCAUACCUGGUGUGGUGGAGUUCUCCCUCUGUCUGCUCUUUGCCAAACUAGUCAGCUACACCUUCCUCUACUGGCUUCCUCUCUACAUCUCAAAUGUUGCACAUUUUGAGGCAAAAGAAGCGGGAGAUAUGUCGACAUUAUUCGAUGUCGGAGGAAUCUUGGGAGGCAUUUUGGCGGGCCUCGUGUCUGACUACACCGGGGGGAGGGCGACGACGUGUUGUGUCAUGCUGAUUGUUGCUGCUCCCAUGCUUUUCCUCUAUAAUGACAUCGGGCAGAGGAGCCUUGGUACUACAAUCGGUAUGCUGUUAUUGUGUGGAGGCCUGGUGAAUGGACCUUACGCCCUCAUCACAACUGCUGUAUCUGCUGACCUGGGGACACAUGAGAGCCUGAGAGGAAACGCCAGGGCGCUGUCCACAGUGACCGCAAUUAUUGACGGGACGGGAUCAAUUGGCGCUGCACUGGGUCCUCUGCUGGCCGGUGUGAUCUCACCGACCGGCUGGAAAAACGUCUUCUUCAUGCUGAUCUCUGCUGACGUCUUAGCCUGCCUGUUUUUGUCCAGGCUUGUUUACAAGGAAGUUCAGGGAUGGUGUGGGCGUGGACCUAGAGCCAGAGGGUUCAAAGAGUUCUGAAAUCACACACAAAGGGAGGAAAUGAUGCUGACACAGACUUCACCAUACAACCAACUAACUCUUUUUCAUCUCGGACAAAUCGGUGCGCUGAGCUGAUGAUUGAAGCCUUCUAACUGUAACACUGUUUCCAUACAGAGACUAAUCCACUCAUUCCUACGUGUUUUAAUGCUUUUAGCAUUAAAGGGUUUUCUACUGUACCUUUUUUUAUCUGGUCUUUUCAUUGUGUGUUUUCUUGGUGUUUUUGCAUACUUAUAAUAACAAUAACAUGACAUGUAUAUAUGAAAUUUAGUCAAUAAAGUCUGGAUUAGAUUUUCCUCUCUGAGGGUUUGUAUGGGUACAGAAAAGCCAGGCAGUACAUAACUGAAGAAACAUACUUUGAGUAAGUAGACUCUGUAAUGGGCUGAAGAUUUUAGAACAUAAAUUAAUUAACUUGGUGACGUUAAUGCAAAUAUUUGAUUAUACGGUAUGUCUUUAUUUAUGGGGAUGUACAGGUGUGGUGAGUGACAGGUACAUAAAAGCUCCAGUUGAGAUGAGAUUAGCUGAGAUUUUUAACAAUCUGUGCAAACUACAGGAUAUUUAAGGCAGAGCUCCAACUGUAAAAUUCCCUGCGUGGUGUAGGUGGUUCCAUUUGGCGUUAACUUGGCGAGUGUCAGAUGUAGGCUGCAGGCAGAGUCCAUGGAGCUGAACAUGCCCGUUGUUUAUGCAGACUCUGGCUUAUUUGCUUGAAUGUAUUUUUAGCUGUAAAGAUGGAAAAAAAAUCCACCUGUAUAUAUUAGAUUGAGACCAAAUGUAAAUAAAAUGGAGAAGUUGUAUAAAUCUAAA